AUGGUUAAAAGCGGCGGAGACGUCAUUGUAAAUACUACAAAACAAGAAGCAGCCAAUUUCCCGCCACUGGUUUCCACAUACAACGAAAAAAUACGUCCCAUUCUUGACGCGGUGGACAAGCUCCGCCGUCUAAACGUCACCCAAGAAGGCAUCCCACUUCCUACUAUAGUCGUCGUCGGUGACCAGUCCUCUGGCAAAUCAAGUGUGCUAGAGUCACUAGCUGGCAUAACUUUGCCACGUGGACAGGGUAUUUGCACAAGGGUGCCUCUUAUAAUGAGGCUUCAACACAAUCUGAAUCCUGACCCUGAGUUUGUGUUAGAGUAUCAGAACAAAUCCGUUAAUAUCAUGGAAGAGGGAAAAAUAGCUGAAGCCAUUGAUAAGGCGACAGUGGAGAUAGCUGGGGCAUCUAAAGGGAUAUCAAAUGUACCAUUAACUUUGGUUGUUAAAAAACGAGGUGUGCCGGAUCUUACCAUGGUAGAUUUGCCUGGAAUUACUCGUGCUGCUGUUGAUGGUCAGCCUGAAAAUAUUGCUGAUCAAAUAUCGGAGAUCAUAAUGGAGCACAUCAAGCCGGAAGAGAGCAUUAUACUGAUGGUGCUUAACGCAACCCAAGAUUUCUCAACCUGUGAAUCAAUUUGCAUGUCACGGCGCGUGGACAGCUCUGGGCAAAGAACAUUAGCAGUUGUUACAAAAUGUGACCAGAACCCGGAUGGCCUUCAUGAGAAAGUCACAAAAAAUGAUGUAAACAUUCGCCUUGGAUACAUUUGUGUAAGAAACCGCAUAAACAAUGAAACAUAUGAUGAAGCACGAAUGCAGGAAAAUAAACUUUUUGAAACUCAUACUAAGCUGUGCAAGAUUGAGAAGUCCAUGGUGGGUAUACCGGCUUUGGCACAACGACUUGUGGAAAUUCAGUCGGUUAUUAUAUCAAGAUGUUUGCCCGAUAUUGUAAAGAAGAUAAGUGAGAAGCUCAAUGCUUCUGUUUUGGAGCUCAACAAAUUUCCAAGAAAUCUUACAACUAUUCCUGAAGCCAUGGCUGCAUUUAUGCAGAUGGUCGGGUCUUUCAAGGAAACUCUUCAGAAGAUCUUGAUAAGGGGCGAGUUUGAUGCUUACGUGGAUGAGAAAGAAAUGCACUGUGAUGCUAGGUUGAUAGAAAUGCUUGACAAUUUGUCCAAAGAACUUCACAAGAGUGUCAAGUUCUCAGAUAAUUUUUUGGUUGAGGAGAUGUUAAUUCUGCAAGAAGCUAAUGGGAUCCGGUUGCCUAAUUUCGUUCCACACUCUAUGUUUUUGCUCUUGCUCCAAAGAAAAGUGAAUGGUAUUGCGGAUUUGCCUGUUGCAUUUGCAGAUGAAGUGUGGGAUUAUAUCGAGACUGUCUGUAUUAAUGUCUUAGUCGCUCAUGCUGGAAAUUAUCCACAAUUACUUUCCUCUGUGAAAAAAGCAACUUCGAAUGUGAUGGCUACAACGAAGGCCAAGUUUAUGGACAGAGUUGUCGAACUUAUCGAGAUGGAAAAAAUUACAGAUUACACCUGUGACCCGGAUUUUAUUUCUUCAUAUGAUAAGCUAAUGUGCAACCGUGAUGCUUUUUUGAAGUCCAUGAUCAAUUACUCAGCUACUACAAAUGUAGAGGGUUAUGGAACGAUUAAUGUGAAGCAUCUUCAUAGUGUUUCAGCAAACACCAGGGAUCAAGCUUUUGAGAUGAAAAUGAAAAUGACCGCGUAUUGGAAGAUCGUCCUCAAACGAAUAGUAGAUUGCUUGGCUCUUCAUCUGCGCUUUCUGAUGCAAGAUGUAGUGAAUAAAGGGUUAGAGACGGAGGUUGUGAACGAAAUAAUGGUGCGGGGUGGUGGUAUUGAGAAGCUGCUAGAUGAACCGUCGUCUUUGGCCAAAAAGAGAGAGAGCCUUCAGAAAAGUAUCGGUUUGCUCAAGGAAUCCAAGGAAAUCAUCGAGCAAGUCAUGGAUAACAUUGUCGCUGGUUAG